GGUGUGCUGUUUCUCCCUAGUGAUGGCUGCAGGACACGUACAGGAAUUUGCAUGCUUCACUGACUAUGACAAAGAGCUAGUUUGUCAUUGGAAGGUGCCUGGACAAACAAAUUGCUCCAAAGAGUUCCUGCUGUACUACAGGAUGGAAAUUAUUUCAAUGACAAAUGACAUAUGCAUCCCUGAGAAUGAAGAAGACGGUUUAAGGUGCACUUGCACGAUACGUCCAGAAUUUUUUGCAUCAGGCCUCACAUAUGUUCUAGCUCUACAGCACAAUGGGACUGAUACGGGGAAUUACAGUGUUACACCAGCGCUGGUUGUUAAGCCGAGGGCACCCAAAAAUCUUACCAUUGAGAAAGUGGAAAAUGGUAAUUUCAAUCUGAGUUGGGAGGAGAGCUACUCUCCUCCAUCUGUGCUCUCUGGACAUCCUGUCAUCUAUGAAGUGAAAUACUGGAGGAAGCAGCACCCAACAGAGGUUUCUGUAAAAGCAAUCAACUACCAGGCAAAAAGCUUUGAAAUUGCUGCGAGCUCCUUGAGGAGAGGCUAUGAUUACGUUGCAAGUAUAAGGUGUAACUAUACAGACUACCCAGCCUACUGGAGCGAAUGGAGUGAAGAAGUGGAAUUUCACUGUGAUUACCACGUAACAGCUGAAGACGUUCUGCAGAUGGCUGUUCCUGUGGCCUGCCUGCUGAUCCUGGCAGUAUCUGUAACUUGUUACUUCUGUUUCACCAAAGUGAAGAAAGAAUGGUGGGAUCAAAUCCCAAAUCCAGCAAAGAGCCAUUUGGUUGUAAAAAAUGUCAAGUUUUCAGUUUUGAGCUACAUUGAUGAAAUUAAGUUCCCGUUCCAUGACUUAAAGCACAGUCAUAUGGAAAACCAAAUAAACAGAAGUUGCAAGAACUGUCUGGCUCAAAGUUUGUCAAGGCAAAACUUCAAGGGAAAAGAUAACAUCAGAAAUGUUGAGAAACCUUGCAGUUGCCACAGCAGGUCUGGAGAAUGGUUUCCAAAAGGCAGCAGUGCAGUUUUAACCCCUGAGACAGUUAUGGUUGAAGAAUCCAUAGAAAUCUGUGAACGUUUAGCAGACGUUGAGGCUGAGAGCCAGGAUGAGACUAGUAACCAGACGACCACGUUUGAGCCUUGUGAGAGCAGUUUCAGUGCUUUCAGAGAGCACACUGAACACAACGAUGCACUAGCUAGCAUGUUUAUUGAACUCCUGGCAGAUGAAAGCAACAUGCGAGAUGAGAGAGACCGAGGUGUCAACACAGGUGAGAAUAAAACCUUUGAGAAGCUUGAGUCAGAAAAUCCAUCACAGCAAAAUCCAAAAGAAAGUGCUGCCCCAGAAGAAUCCUGUAGAUUUGGCUGUCAAAGCGCCAGAAUAAAUUCUACUCUGAAUGCAAGAGAUCUUCAACAUAUUGUUCAGCAAAGCCUUUUUCCGUGCAGUUCUGAAAUCCAGCAUGAUUCACGUGUCCUGAUCCAGGAAUCUCUAAAUAGACCAUCCCUUGGGGCCAGAAAAGACAGAAUAAGCAGCCCUGUGCACAAGAGUUUUGGUACAGAUGUGUCUCCAUCCAUGGGGUUGUUUAAUUCUGCCUACAAGAGCUUUGACGCCCUCACCUCUCCGUCCACGCAGCCCUGUGGUUCUGCCUACAAGAGCUUUGAUGCCCUCACCUCUCCAUCCACGCAGCCCUGUGGUUCUGCCUACAAGAGCUUUGAUGCCCUCACCUCUCCAUCCACGCAGCCCUGUGGUUCUGCCUACAAGAGCUUUGAUGCCCUCACCUCUCCAUCCACAGAGCCCUGUGGUUCUGCCUACAAGAGCUUUGACGCCCUCACCUCUCCAUCCACGGAGCCCUGUGGUUCUGCCUACAAGAGCUUUGAUAUUCUUGUGUCUGCGUUCAAAGAACCAAGUAGCGCUGAGUAUAAGAGCUUUGAUACCCUUAUGUCUCAGUCUAUGGCUAACAGUAGCCCAACUCUGUGUUUUGAAAAUGUGUGCUCCUCACCACAUUUGGUGCAGUUUUCAGGGAUGCCGGGACUUAGCUGCAGAGCUCAAAUCUGUCACCCCCCCAGCAAUCAGACAUGUUACACUACCUGCAGAUCUUCCUGCACUGAGCUUGAUUUUACAUCUUUGUCCACACAUGCAAAUGACUGUGCUUCAACUUUCUUACCAGAGGAAGACAUACAUAAGCAAAUAAUAUAUCAAAGCGUUCAGAAGAAGGCCAGUAUAACUCCUUGCCCCACUGGACCUCAGCUCUCUGGUUAUCAGUAUGCAGUUAAACACAGUGGUACAUACGAUGACAGUGAUGAUGAGGUUAUCUUUAGGUCACUGUAUGAACCCUUCAUUCGCCUUUUGUACAGCAACCUGAGAGAAACGCCUCCAGAUGCCAUCACCAGUGAACCUGACCAGAGGAGAGGUGACCGUGUAUGUUUGGUUGUACCAGGCUUUGACUGCAGCAUUGUCCCAGGUUUAGCCGCUAGUGAUAAUGUUGCACAGACUGGUCAUGGCAGCCUUUGGAUCAUCCACUCUAAUGAGCUAUCUAGGGAUAGCAGAGAUGAAAAUGCCAGCAGUGGCAAACAGCUGUUGCACUUGUUAGAGCUGAACUGUCAAGAUCUGAACAGUGGAGAAAGUACUGUAAAGGGGACUAAACCUGACAGCUGUAGCUACACUGGCAAAGGAAUGCAAGGGAGCAGCAGUAACAGCCUGAAUCCUGAGUUUCACUGCCACACACACAAGCACUUGAGGAAACUUGAAAAUGCAGGGGAAAAUAAAGAGGUGAUGAAGCAUCUGGUAGUCAGGAGGUGUGGCUCAGCAGGUAGCUCGCCAGAGGAGUCACUGGACAGCAUUGGGCUGAACAGAGAAAGUGAAACAGCAGAGCUCCAGGAGCUCCUGGUCUCAGACAAGCUGUUGCCACCUUUUUUUGUGCAAAACUCUUGUCCAUGUGAUUCUUUCACCAUUCACAGUGAGGGUUCCAGACUGGCGUCUGCAGUUAAAGCAAAAUCAGUAGAGCUAUUAAGGGAAAACAUCAGGGAGAAUGAGAAAAGAGCAAAGCUGGUACAAGCCCUCGCUCAGGAGGACAACUGCUACAUGAAGGUGGCCUAG